AUGGCUACAAUCCUAGGUUCCAUUCGCUUCGACUUAGAGAAGACCAUAUCUGCUCAGAAAAGAACGGCCAGUGCUCUACCUGCUAGCACUGGACAAAGCACCACCUUGAGCGGAGCCGGUCUUGUGGGUAAUGGAUUGAUCCUUCACAGUCACGUGUUCGUUGUGACCUCUUCCUCCGCUCCCCGUUUCACGCAGUUUGCAAACUCCAAAGCCUCGCAUUUUCAAUCCACACGUCUAAAUCAGGGCAAAAAGCUGUUGGUUUACCGAAAGACGCUGAACGCCUUAGCGUAUUCGAUCUCUGAAAAUACAAGGCAUAACUUUGAGGUGUUCAACGCCACCAGUCCAACUAACUGCUAUGAGUGUGAGGGUUUGUUGUGGGGUGUGGCAAGGCAGGGUCUACGAUGCUCUGAAUGCAGUGUGAAGUGUCACGAGAAGUGUAAACGCCUGCUCAAUGCUGGCAGCAAAUCGCUCUGA